UUCAUGUGUCAUGUUCGUGAAGUGGUUGCCACGCUAACGCGCAUGCGCGGUUAGCUAAUCCGGUUUGUUGUGGGCUGGCUGCGUGCUCGGCCAGGCUCGCGUAGAUUGUCAGCGAAGCUCGUGGACGGCAAUAUGGCUCCGUGCUGUGUUUCGCCAAAUUUGUUGUCGUUGUUUUCGAGACACAGGCUGCGGUUUUGCGCGCCCUUAGUAAGAAGUCAGUCAUGGACGUCAAUUUACACGACAGAUCCGAUCGACCCAAAAGAGGCCAAGUUCAAGAAAAUCCUCAUCGCCAACCGAGGCGAGAUCGCCUGCCGCGUAAUCCGCACUUGCAAGCUGAUGGGCAUUAAGACCGUGGCUGUGCAUAGCGACGUAGAUUCACGCAACUUGCACGUCAAGCUCGCCGACGAAGCAUACUGCAUCGGGCCUGCGCCUACCAGUCAGAGCUACCUGCGUGUGGACGCCAUACUUGACGCUGUCAAGAGGUCCGGAGCCGAUGCAGUUCAUCCUGGGUAUGGUUUCCUGUCUGAAAACAUGGACUUUGCCGCAAAGCUCACUGAGGUAGGCGUCACAUUCAUCGGUCCAAACUCUAAAGCCAUUCACAUGAUGGGCGACAAGAUUGAAAGCAAGCGCAUAGCAAAUGCCGCUAAAGUGAAUUGUAUCCCAGGGUUUGAUGGCGUAGUGAAGACGCCGGAAGAAUGCGUGAAAAUAGCGCAAAGUAUUGGCUACCCAGUCAUGAUUAAAGCAUCAGCUGGCGGAGGAGGCAAAGGCAUGCGUAUAGCAUGGAAUGACAAGGAAGCCAUCGACGGAUUUCGGUUCUCGUCUGAGGAAGCAAAGUCAAGCUUCGGGGACGACAGACUACUCGUGGAAAAGUUCAUCGACAAGCCGCGCCACAUUGAGGUGCAGUUGAUGUGCGACAAGCAUGGAAACGCUGUGCACCUGAACGAACGAGAGUGUUCCAUUCAACGAAGGAACCAGAAGGUUAUCGAAGAGUGCCCAAGUACCUUUUUGGACCCCGAGACACGCAAGGCCAUGGGUGAGCAAGCGGUGGCACUGGCGCUCGCUGUGGGAUAUGACUCUGCAGGUACAGUCGAGUUUCUGGUAGACUCGAAGAAGAACUUCUAUUUCCUUGAGAUGAACACUCGACUUCAGGUGGAGCACCCCAUCACUGAGUGUGUGACAGGCGUGGACAUUGUGCAUCAGAUGAUCAGAGUUGCCAAGGGCCACCCACUUCGCAUUUCUCAAAAGGACAUUCCUCUCCGAGGUUGGGCAUUCGAAUGCAGAGUUUAUGCAGAAGAUCCUUUCAAGAAUUUUGGUCUACCAUCAAUAGGGCGACUCUACCAAUAUAUUGAGCCAAACAACAUCCCGAAUGUGCGCUGCGACAGUGGCAUUGUUGAAGGCAGUGAAAUAAGCAUUUACUAUGACCCAAUGAUCUGCAAAUUGGUCACAUAUGGGGAUACCAGAGAGGCUGCAAGGCUCACAAUGCUGAAGGCACUCGAUGCUUAUGUCAUCCGUGGUGUCACUCACAAUAUAAGUUUGCUGAGAGCAGUUCUUUCAGAGCCUCAUUUUAUCAAAGGGGAUAUUGACACUGGGUACCUGCCACGGAUAUACCCCGAUGGUUUCAAGGGCAAAGAGCUCUCUGAAAAAGAACGCACCCACUUUUCUUGCUUGGCGGCAGCUAUAUUUUUACAGGAUGAACUGCGUGCUCGCAAGUUUGUAAAUGGUCAUAAGGUGGCGACUGAAGAAACAUUUGCUCGCUGGAAUGUACAAGUGAUGGUUGAUGGCAAAAAAACCUCAGUCACUCUGGUCAUCGAAGGCAACAGCACUUACUCUGUUCAAGUUAAGGAUAACAAGUACACUGUCGUUUUGCCUGCUAACCUCUCGUUGCCCCUAGUCAAAGCUGCAGUUUCUGGUGAUGAGUACACCCUGCAGCUUCUCCAGCGCGACUACUCGGGCAACUUCAAGAUUUCCUUCGAGGGCACAUCACUGACUGCAAAAGUGCUUAUGCAAGAGGCCGCCGAUUUCUUGGACAUGAUGCCUGAAAAACCGAAAGCAGAUACUAGCAAAAUUGUGGAGGCACCCAUGCCCGGUGUGGUUAAGCAUGUGACAGUCAAAGUAGGUGAUAUGGUGGCUGAACAACAGGAAGUGUGUGUUAUUGAAGCAAUGAAGAUGCAAAAUAGCUUGGUGUCUGCUGCCAUGGGCAAAAUCAAGGGCGUGUUUGUCAAGCCGGGCCAGACUGUUGAUGAGGGCCAGCUGCUUGUUGAGCUGGAGUGAUGUGCACUACAAUGUUUCAUUACUGAGGUCUACAUUUUUCUUGUAAUAAAUAUACAGAUGACAAAAAA